AUGGGCGACAAAGGGAAAGAAGAACGGAACGAGAGGCUAAUUCAGCAAGGAUCACGAUCGAAACCGAUCGAGAGCGAUCUCGAUCGAAACGUGACCCUGGAGGAAAGGCGAAGAAUCGACGAAAGACGAGGACGAGACACGGACGAAACGCGUGGAGUAAAUACGAGGGAAAACGUUGAAGGUUUCUUCGCGAGCCUUGGUUGGAGCUCGGACGGGACGAGGCGCGUUUCGCGAGCCUCCGCGAACGAGGUGCCGGCCCCGUUGACACCCCAACGACGCGCCAGGCUUCACUGUCCCUCUCGUCAUCCUGGGAGAAACAACAAUCGGCCGAUCGGCACCGUCUCCGUGUCCGGACUCGAUCGCCGGCAUAAUUGUUCGCGCUGUGGCAAGAGCUACAAAAACGCUUACAUACUCAAGAGGCAUUUGCUGUACGAAUGUGGCAAAGCGCCCUCGUUUAAUUGUCCCCAUUGCGCGUUUAGCUCCAAGUACGAAAGGAACCUGAAGGCGCACAUUAAUCAUCGCCACGUGGCCUCUCAGUCCACCGGCAGCACCGGCACUGCCGUUAAUCAGAGGGCCUGAAGGAGAAUUCGUACCACCUCCGGAUCAACUCCGAGGGCACGCGCGAGUUUUCCACGAAAACGCCCGUUACCUUGAGAAAAUCCAAUCUUUUCUUUUCUCUUCGCGUCUAUCCAGAUCCGAGUAUCUUUCCUAUUUAUUUCUCCGUUUUUAUCCGAUCGACCGUGCGAUCGCUCGUUAAACGAGCAUCGCUCUAUUCAACCCCGU